AUGGCAGAGCUCACAGUCAAGAAUGGCAGCUGCAUGGACUGGCAAAAACGGUGCCUUGCAUUGGAAACCCAGCUCUUCAAAUUCCGCCUGCAAGCCAGUAAGAUCCGGGAACUGCUGGCUGAGAAGAUGCAGGAACUGGAGCAGAGAGUGAUUGAAGCAGAACAGAGAGCCCAAAGUGCAGAGAAACAGGCUGAAGUGAUGGAAGAGAAGUUGAAACUUGCAAACAUGAAAACAAGUGAAUCAAGUGAACAUAAGAAAUACCAGGAGCUGAUGAACAGAGUACAAGAAAAGGAUGAACUGAUCAACCAACUGGAGACACAACUGGAAGAGCAGAAGCAAUUGAGAGCACAAGAAGCUAAAAUUGUUCAAGAGAAAGCCGCCAAAAUUAAGGACUGGGUGACAGCUAAGCUGAGAGAGCUUGAGCUGGAAAACCAUUACCUCAAGAGUUGCAACCUGAGGCUGACAGAGGAGAUUGAAGCACUUCAGAAAGCUUUGCAGGAUACAACAACUCCAUCUGUUUCAAGUUGUAAUGUUCAGCUACCUAGAGAUCCACUGUCACCCUUCCUCGAGAACUCAGACCAGGAUUCCAGGCUUCUCUCAGUGGACAUCAAGCAGGUCUAUCAGAGUGUAUCUGCAAAAGCUAUAACAAGUGUGGUCUUUAUGGAUGACUACUGUGUGGGAGGUGAGACUGAAACAUCAGUGCCUUCCCAGAGCUCACUGAAAUUUACUGCUGACUCCUCACAUGACAAGAAUUCGUCCGAGAAAGAUUUUGUCUCUGUAGCAUCUCCAAGAAUCUGCACAACAUCACUGAACCACCAAACUGGUACUAUGAAAUUUCAUGGAGCUUUGACUUUACAGUCCCCUCUGGAACAACUUCAAAAGUCCAUCAGUGACUUGGGCAAGAUAGCAUCUGUUUUGUACAAUCCAUCAGAUGAACUGAGUACCACAUUCCAUACUCGUAGGUUAGAUUUGUCCUCCAGGGAAAUAGCAAAGGCUUCUGAUUGUUCUGUUUCCCCAUCCAUUCCAGCCUUGAACUUGUCAAAAUCCAUCACUUCAGUGCCCUCAGAUUUCUCAAGGAGGGAAGGUGGCAGUUUGACUCUCCCAAAAGCUCGGUCUCCAAGCAAUCCAAGGGACAGCAUCCAGUUAGCCAAGAGGCAUUAUAGCCAACCUCAGUCAGGAACUGACUGUUUUGAUCAUGCGGUAAACAUUGAGAUCAGCAAAUUUCAGCCUGUAAGAACUCCUGAGCAAUUCCAGAGAGAGGUGGAAGAGACAGAUAUCGAUGAAGAGGUAGCAGAGAAGAUGGAGAUGGAGGACUCUCUGAUGGAGGAGGGAGGGAUGGGCGAAGAGACUCCUCAGAACCUUUGUUCAAGCAAGGAGACGGGGACUUCUGAAGCUAAUGUAAGGGACCCGGGAGACAAACCCCCCACUCCUCCCUUGCACAGAUUUCCAUCUUGGGAGAGUCGUAUCUAUGCAGUAGCCAAGUGUGGCAUGAGAGUGUCAGAAGUGGCUCUGGGGAAUGACUCUUCUAGCCAGACUUCAAAGGCUCUGACGUAUUCAUCCCCUGGGCCAUUCACCUGCCUCAUUUACAGAAAUGUUACAGUGCCUGUCUACACUAUGCUAAAAGGGAAAGCAACCCAGAUCAGCAAUGUUCCUUUCUUAGAUGAGUCUUCCUGCUCUGAUGAUGACUGCAGCUCCCAUGUUAGUCUCAGAGCUUCCAAUGCAGGAUCUGAACCCAGAAUAUGCAACAUAUGAAUUUCCCCCCACUGUUUUUCUUCUCUAGCAGGUAUUUCUGUAUCCUCACUGAGCUCAGAGAGUGACUAUGCCAUCCCCCCUGAUGCCUAUUCCUUGGACGAAGACUAUUCUGAACCAGAGCACAAACUGCAGCGGACAUCCUCUUAUUCCACUGAUGGUGGCGGCUACAAUGAACCCAUGGAAAAAUCUGGCUAUUUGUUGAAAAUGAGCAACCAGGUGAAGACAUGGAAGAGACGGUGGUUUGUUUUGAGAAAUGGACAGCUCAUGUAUUAUAAAUCCCCAAGUGAUAUAAUCUGCAAGCCUCAGGGAAUGGUUGAGUUGAAUUCUUCUUGCCAGAUUGUACGAGGUGAAGGAUCUCAAAUAUUUCAGCUUGUCACUGCAAAAAGGACCUACUUCUUGACAGCUGACUCUCCUAACAUCUUGGAGGAGUGGAUCCUUAUCCUUCAAAAUAUGAUCAAAGUGAAAGUGACCAGACACACCGAAGUCCCUCUCAGUGAUGCAAAACCCACUGUGAAAGGCUGGCUCACCAAGGUGAAACAUGGGCGCUCUAAGCUGGUUUGGUGUGCACUGAUUGGAAAGACUUUUUACUAUUAUCGAAAUCAUGAAGACAAGGUAUUUUCCUCCCUUCCUCUGGGACUCUCAAGAGUCUUCUCCAGCACCAUAGUUCAAAAGAAUCUAUUCUUCGGCGAGGCCAGUGGUGGGGGCCUCUUUUCUUCUUACUGCACCCUGGUGAUUCACCCUCCAGAUCAGAGUCCUGUCUACUUACUAAUUGGUACAAAACAGGAAAAGGAUACUUGGUUGUAUCACCUGACAGUAGCAGCAGGCAGCAGCAGUGCCAAAGUGGGCACUACCUAUGAACAGCUGAUUGGGAAAUUACUGGAUGCAGAAGGAGACCCAAAUUCUCCUUUGUGGAAACACCCUGUGCUGUGUCACAGCAAGGACGGCCUGCACACGCCCCUCACCACUCUGCCUUCAGAGGCCCUGCAGACAGAGGCCCUGAAACUCUUCAAGUCUUGCCAGCUGUUUAUCAACGUCCCUGUAGAAGCUCCCUCCAUUGAUUACCAUGUGUCGCUAGCCCAGACCGCCUUACAAGUCUGCCUGACCCACAAUGAGCUACAGAAUGAAAUUUAUUGUCAGCUAAUUAAACAGACAAACAGACCAGCUCAGAACCACUCAGUCAUUCAAUGCUGGCAAUUACUGGCUCUGUGUGCUCCUCUCUUCUUGCCUCAGCACCAUUUCCUUUGGUAUGUCAAGCAUCACUUGCAGCAGCAUGCAAACCCCAGAAGUGAAAUAGGAAAGUAUGCAAUUUACUGUCAGAGAUCAGUGGAACGUACUUGGCAAGUUGGUGAACGAGAAGCCAAACCUUCCCGAAUGGAGAUUGUGUCCAUUUUGCUGAGAAAUCCCUACCAUCACUCACUCCCCUUCAGUAUUCCAGUGCACUUCAUGAAUGGAACCUACCAGGUGGUAGGGUUUGAUGGCUCCUCAACAGUGGAAGAGUUCCUGCAGUACCUGAACCAAGAGACAGGCAUGAGGCAGUCAUCACUCUCUGGGUUUUCCCUCUUUACGGAUGAUCCAUCUGGCAGGGACAUAGAACACUGCCUUCAAGGCCCUGUGAAGAUCUGUGAUGUCAUUUCAAAGUGGGAGCAAGCUUUGAAAGAAUUGAAUCCUGGGAAGUAUGAAGGUGGCACAAGAAUAGUGAAACUAACAUAUAAAAACAGACUGUAUUUUCGAUGUCAAACCAAAGGUGAAACAGACCGAGAGCGCUUGCUGCUGGCUUUCCAGAUUAGUGGAGAAAUAGCCAGUGGGAGGUUCCCUGUCAAUAAGGAGCUGGCUCUGGAAAUGGCAGCUCUGAUGGCCCAGGUGGAUUAUGGAGAUUUGGAUCGAGCAGUACCAUCGAGCCCUGGGGGGUCAUCACAUUCCAAAAUGCAGCAUCUUCUCCAGCAGGUGCUAGACAAAUUCUAUCCCAAGCGUUACAAGCACCGUGUUGCUGCUGAGCAGAUAAGACAGCUGGCUGAUCGAUUGGCGGCAAAGUGGACGGUGCUGCAGGGGUGUUCUUCUGCAGAAUGUGUCCGGAUCUUUUUGACUGUGGCUCGGAAAUGGCCCCUCUUUGGAGCCAAACUGUUUACUGCUAAGCCUGUCCUGCCUUCUGCCCUGGAAGACUAUCCAUUGUGGAUAGCUGUGAAUGAAGAUGGAAUCAGUAUACUGGAAUAUAGCACUAUGCACUUAAAACUUUCUUAUGAAUUCUCUUCUGUGCUGACCUUUGGAGGCUGCCAUGAUAAUUUUAUGAUUGUAGUCAGCCAAGUGAAGGACAGGAGCUCUGGAAAAAGUACCCCUGAAAAAUUGCUUUUUGCAAUGGCAGCUCCAACGAUUGUUGAAGUGACUCUCCUUAUCGCCAGUUAUAUUAACUAUUGUUCGACUCCACACCCUCCUACUCCAAGCAUCAGUUCAACAUGGAGUACAUCAUCUGCUAAGAAGCUCAUGGAAAUUGAAAGCAGAUGUCUCUUUCCUUCUCUGCCCCGGACCACUAAGGGGCCAACCCUGCUGUAA